AUGCUGCAGGGUAUUCCAAAGUAUGCUAAGUACAUCAAAGAUAUUGUUGCAAACAAGAGCCGUUUCACAGAGUAUGCCACGGUUGCACUUACUGAGGAGUACACUUCUCGUAUUCCGAACAGGUUGCCCACAAAAUUGAAGGAUCCCGGAAGUUUCUCUAUUGAGAUUUCUAUUGGGACACAGGUGGUUGCUCGAGCACUUUGUGACCUAGGUGCAAGUAUAAAUCUGAUGCCUUCGUCUAUCUUCCGGAAGCUAGGUUUGGGAGUGCCCAGACCAACCACUAUAGUUCUUCAGCUGGCAGACAGAUCGUUAGCAAGACCCGAAGGUAUUAUUGAAGAUGUAUUG